CACACAAUGAAUGCACCCGCAGAAUCUCUGCUCAAAUACGAUCGGCCCAUUUUAAUCCCCAGAAGUGCAGAUAAAAAAUCAACCAAGAGAAAUGCUAAAUUAAUCCAGAAACCGAAACCUGAACAGUCUGCGGAAUCCUCGCUACGUUCUCGGAAAUCCAUAACAUCCACUCUCGAGGAAAUCAAGCAGAAAAAUGAGAACAUUCUCAACGUCAUCUUUCCGCCCAGGAAAUGGGAGCAAGCCAACAAAGAGUGGGUGCAGAAGGUAUGCGGUGAAGCAUCCACCCGCUUGGAUGUGGUCAGCGUAGAGGAAGAACUGGACAAAAAGCUCCUGCAAACGCGUGCCAUGGAGACUGGAAUCUGCCCGUUGCGAAGGCAGUUAUAUACAGAAUGUUUUGAUGAGCUGAUCAGACAGGUGGUCCUCAAUUGUCCCGAGAGGGGUCUCUUGUUACUGCGGGUAAGAGACGAGAUCCGAAUGACCAUCGCCGCUUAUCAGACGUUCUACGAGAGCAGUAUGGUUUUCGGUGUGAGGAAAGCGCUGCAUGAUGAACAGGACAAAAUGGCGCUGAAGGACAAAAUUGCUGAUUUGGAGCAUUUAAAUGUGGAGCUGAGACAGAAAUUGGAUCGGCAGAAAAAGAAAUAUGAAGAAGUGGUCAAACUUGCGGUUGAAAAAAUGGAGGCGCAGGAAAAGAAGUGCACUGAGGAAAUUCUCAGCCUCAGGAAAAGCAACCAGCAGCUCAAGGUCCAACUAGAGGGGGCCUACACGACAAAGAAAUGACUUCACUGCACUCGACAUCACUGAAUUUGUUCCUAAUUAACAUGUGAUGAGAAUGUUAACGUGCUAGUUAGCUUGAUGAGUUUUACACAGCUUCCCAUGGACAGAAAAAAUACAUCUAUCGCAACAUCUAGUGCGCACCAGAAACAAUCUGGUAAACGUUAACAUAAUGUAGCAUUUAAGCACUUUUGCUAUCCAAGUUAGCCAACUGUUCUUUUGUUGUACUUCGAGUUUCAUUUACUUAGUUUUUUUAUAUGUUUGAUGCUGAAAAUUACGACAUUUUCUCACAUUUAGCGCCACACAGGGUUUAAAACGUGGUGUGAAAUUUUUAUCAUCACUUUUUUUUGC